AUCAAAAAUAUAGACGACUGUUUAACAUUACUUGUUACAAGCCAUGUCUAUGAAUCCUUUCAAAAAUUGUUUAAUCAACGAGAAUCUCAUUUUCAUAAUGUCACUAAAAGAAGACAAAUAGAAAAAUUAUUGAAACUCGAAGAAAAGAAACAAACAAAAUAAACCUCAGCAAAUGAUAUGAAGAAUAUUACAGCCAUACAUAACAUGUCAGACAAGAUACUAACCGAAAAUGAAAUCUCAUUACUACAGAAAGCUCUGAAUUUCAAUAUCACUAGAAAGCCAUUAUCGGUUCAGGAAAUAGCACCUAUGAUCGAACCUGCUCUACAACAACUCACCAAUGAAGAAUCACAAUCUGCUCGUCAAAAGAUAUCACACAUAUUAAUCACACAACGAAACAUACCAUCUAAUCUCACCAAACAAGAAUAUGAAGCCUUGAGAAAUUUGAAGAAGGACAAAAGCAUCGUUACAACGAAAACCGACAGGGGAAACGCGUCACUGAGGUAAUGAACAGAACGGAUUAUGAAAAGAAGGCGAUUA